CGUUCCUAGUGGAGAGCUGAGCCCAGCAUCCCAGACUUGUGUGACUACACAGGCAAGCUUUUGGAGACUUUUAACUUCACUUUGGUACCCUAGCCUACAGCAGCUUAAGGUGUUGGCUUUCUAGGCAGACAGGAGGCUUUUAAGUAGCAAAGCUCCCUGCACUCAGCAAGCCCAACACCAUGGGGAAGGGAGACGUGGAAGCACCAGCCACCUCAGCCUACCGCUCUGUCAUGGAGGAGUAUGGUUACGAAGUGGGCAAAGUCAUUGGCAAUGGCUCCUACGGGACAGUGUAUGAGGCUUACUACACAAAGCAGAAGGUCAUGGUGGCCGUCAAGAUCAUCUCGAAGAAGAAGGCCUCUGAGGACUAUCUUAACAAGUUCCUGCCCCGUGAGAUACAGGUGAUGAAGGUCCUGCGGCACAAGCAUCUCAUCAACUUCUAUCAGGCCAUCGAGACCACAUCCCGGGUCUACAUCAUCCUGGAGCUGGCUCAGGGUGGUGACGUUCUUGAGUGGAUCCAGCGCUACGGGGCCUGCUCUGAGCCCCUUGCUGGAAAGUGGUUCUCCCAGCUGACCCUGGGCAUCGCCUAUCUGCACAGCAAAGGCAUCGUGCACCGCCUUUCUGCUGCUGGUAGGGACUUAAAGUUGGAGAACCUGCUGCUGGACAAGCGGGAGAAUGUGAAGAUAUCGGACUUUGGCUUCGCCAAGAUGGUGCCUUCUAACCAGUCUGUGCGGAAUAGCCCUUCCUACCGCCAAGUGAACUGCUUUAGCCACCUCAGCCAGACCUACUGCGGCAGCUUUGCUUAUGCCUGCCCGGAGAUCUUGCUUGGCCUGCCCUACAACCCCUUCCUGUCUGACACCUGGAGCAUGGGCGUCAUCCUCUACACUCUAGUGGUCGCCCGUCUACCCUUUGAUGACACCAAUCUCAAGAAGCUGCUGAAAGAGACUCAGAAGGAGGUCACUUUUCCACCUAACUAUGCCAUCUCCCAGGAGUGCAAGGUCCGGCUGCUCAUUGCCUGUGUGGCACAGUAGGGGGCCAGCUCAGCCAAGACCUCUCUCUCCCCUGCCCUAGAACCUGAUCCUCCAGACGCUACGCCAAGCCAACAAGCGCGCCACCAUCCUGGACAUCAUCAAGGAUCCCUGGGUGCUGAAGUUCCAGCCUGAGCAACCCACCCAUGAGAUCAGGCUACUCGAGGCCAUGUGCCAGCCGCCCAGCACCGCUAAUCGUCACCAGUCCUUGGAAAUCAGUACCUGAAAGUGGCGGAGGGGGGAGGGGGGUUGAAAGAGGAGCAACGCAGGAGGGUCUGGGGAUAAAAACCUUUUAUACCAAAAAUAAACAAAUCUAAUUCUGUUUUAGUUUCAU